AUGGACCCAGAACCACAGAGCCAGACACAGGCAUUCCCGCCUUCUACCCGAGGAGACACUACGAAACACGAUGGCAAGCCAAUUGAUGCUAAACAAUCAGAGGCCAGCGAUCAAGCGAAUGCCAAAGCAAGCAUAUCAGUUCCAUCUGGAGCCGGCAUUGCCGAACAGAGAACUCCUGGCGGCAGCACUGAGCUCCCAUUGCAACCAGCAAAACCCUUCGACAUCUUCAAAGACGUGUAUGGAGUUAGUCGUACGCCAGGCUCCCCAAGUUCAGAUACAGAGAACCAGCAUCGACCCAUCACGUCUCCUCUUACUCACCCCAAUGGUGUCUCCAUGUUUCCAGGACUGUCAGUUACGGAGCAAGAAGCCAUGUCUCGACAAGCUUUUGCACAGGCGGAAGACAACAUUGUUGCCGAUAGUGACGAAUACAGUUCCAUAGGUGAUGCCGGAUCUGAUGCCGGAUACGGGAGCGACAAUAUGAGCACUGCAAGUACAUCCAUCGGGUCGUCUGUUCGGGACUACAUGUUUGAGAAUGGUCGUCGCUACCAUAGCUUCCGGGCCGGUGCCUACAACUUCCCCAACGACGACAUAGAACAAGAGAGGGAGGACAUGAAACAUGCAAUGGUGAGACUUCUCUCGGGCCAGAAAUUACAUUUUGCGCCAAUAGACGAAAAUCCGCAAAACAUACUUGAUAUUGGAACUGGCACAGGAAUCUGGGCAAUCGAAAUGGGAGAACAAUACCCCAGUGCUCAUGUCCUAGGCAUCGAUUUAUCACCCAUCCAACCGACAUGGUUGCCGCCCAAUGUUCACUUCAUGGUUGACGAUGUUGAGUCUCCUUGGCUUCAUCCUCAGAAUCAUUUUGACUAUGUACACUCUCGGCACACAGUUCAAGGCAUUAAAGACUGGCCUCAACUUUUUAGUAAUGCUCUCCAGCAUAUCAAGCCUGGAGGCUGGAUGGAACUCCAAGAAAUUCAUCAUUAUCCCCACCAUGCAAGAACAGGAGACGCUGUCCCGCCACACGAGCACCCAGUCGCACAGUAUUGGACAUACAUUAAUGAGGGAUUAGCACAGCUUGGCGUAGACUUCCCUGCGGCAGCAGGAGGUAAACUGGCUACAAAAAUGCAGGCAGCUGGCUUCGUGAACGUCACGGAACGGAUAUUCCAUGUGCCUCUUGGGACUUGGCCCAAGAAUCAAGUGCUUAAGACUGUCGGACUGUACUGGCGCACCAUACUGACGGAUGGCUUACAAGCAAUCGCAUUGGGCCCCAUGUCAAGGGGCAUGGGCUGGAGUCGCGAGCAGAUUGAGGUGUUUCUUGUCGAUGUGCGAAGGGCGUAUAGCGACCAUACGUCCCUUUUGUAUAUGCCUAUGCACAUUGUCUAUGGGCAAAAGCCAUACUAA